CGACCUUGGAGCCAGGUGCUCUCUGGCACCUCUGCUCUGCACCCCCAGGCUCACCCACGGGUGCCCAGCAGGGUAAGCCCAUAGGCUGCAUGUGGCUGGGGAAGACAACGGGCACUAGGAACGCACCUUUAGGGGAAUCCCGACGCUGCAGGUGGGGGAGCUCUUGCCAUCUAAGUGGGCAGCUAUGGGCAGCUGGAGGGGCACCUUGCUCGCCUGCCUGUUUCUCCUGCACCCGCUGCCUUCGCCAGCAUGCCCAGCUGCCUGUCGUUGCUCCUCGGGGGAGGUGGACUGCACUGAAUGUGACCUGCACGAGGUGCCGGAGAACCUACCAGCCAAUACCAGCACCCUGUGGCUUGGCUACAACUUCAUCACCAUACUCAGGUCAGGCUCCUUCCCCUUUCUGCCGGUGCUGCUGCGGCUCAGCCUACCUUACAACCACCUGGGGAAGAUUCACAGCCAAGCCCUGGUGGGGCUCGGGGAGCUUCAGGAGCUGGACCUCAGCAACAACUACCUUACUGCACUGACCUCAGAAACCUUCCUGCCCCUCACCAGCUUGAUCGUGCUCAACCUGGGCAGCAACAGGCUGGGGGAGCUGGAGCCCAGAGUGCUGUAUGCCCUGCCCCAGCUCCAAGAGCUUUUCCUGCACAGCAAUCCCUGGGUAUGCACCUGCAGCAUCCAGCCCCUCUGGCACUGGCUCAACCACAACGGGGAAAAAAUGAAAGAGAAGAGUUUGCUCUUGUGCAGAUUCCCAGAGCAGCUGAACAAGUAUCCAAUCGUGGCCUUCAGGAAUGAAUCCUUCAGGCAAUGCCAGGACAACUCACUGCUUGCCCAGGACUACGCCUUCUUUCUGCUUAUCGGACCGUUCUCUUUCCUGGCCAGCAUCUUCCUCUGCACCUUUGUGGGCUCCAUCACUGUCAUCUGUCACAACCUGCACAGAGAAUCAUGCUCCUGGAGGAGAUUCCCUGCCUGCAGGGGGCACUGAGGCAAGGCAAGCAGGCACUUGGCAGGCUGUGGUCCAUGCUCUUCACAGAUGCCUACACCUAGCCACUGUAAAUGUUUCCCUGUGAACCAAUGAGAGGAUGUUUUAUUCCUGGAAAUUGUUUUCUUCUCUCCUCCCAGUGUUCCCAGAGGUGGUGCCAAGCCAGGACCAUCCGCACUCACUGCUAGCAUGAACAGCCUCCAGCCUAGCCCCCAUGCAGGACACAGAUUGGCUGUAACAGCUCUGCACAUCUCAGGAGGCACCCCUAGGCCUCCCGUUGACACGCACCUCCACUUCCCCGGGAAUCCUUUUCCCCUAGUGCAUCCCACCCUCUCCCUCCUGCUCCCCAAAGGCCUUCGUGUGCCUUUGGGUGCACCCUAGGGGUGUUUGCCUUCUGAUUCCCUCCAAAGCCUUCCUUGUGCCUUUUGGUACCCUCAGUGUCCUCCGUCUGGCAUUCAGUAACCCAAGCAGACUCAGGGUGCCUUUCAGUGUCCCCCAGAUUCCUUGUUUUGGCUUUUGGUGCAUCCAAACACAUUCUCUUUGGCUUUCUGUGCCUCUGCCAGGCCUUGGUCUGCCUUUUCAUGCACCCCAGAGCCCUCUGCGUGCCUUCUAGUGCACCUGAAGAGCCUGUGUGCCUUUCAAUCCAAAACAGAACGCUUUAUUUGGCUUUCAGGGUGCCCCAGAGCCUCCAUGUGUCUCUUGGAGAGCCCAAGACCCCACCAUGUGCUGCCCAAGAAGGGUGUAGGUUGCAAAAUGUUUCUUCCCUGAUAGCUUUUCCCCUCUGCUGUAGUAAGGGGAUUGGCCAAGGCUCAUCUGAGGCCAAGGUCUAAGUUUAGCAUUAAGGUUGGAAGCAACAUAAAUGCCCCAGAAACCUUCAUAUUCAUUUCACUGUUCCCUAAAAUCCCCAUUUUACCUAUCAGUCUAAGCCAGCAAGAUUGGAUUCCUUUCCAUGAACCCGAGACCUUCCAUGCAUGCUGGUGGCCUCCGGGUGCCUUUUGGUGCCUUCCGUAGCACUCCUUUGGCAUCUACAUGUAAAGGGAGUCUCUUAGAGAUUUUACUCUUAAAACUCUUAAAAUUCUCUAAGGUACUCCCUUUUAGUGCAGCCAUGGGCAGCAGAGAAGGCCUGGAAAUGAGGGACUCCCAUGGGGGCUGUAAGCAGGACCCAGCUUAGCUGGAGCAGCCAAGGAAGGGGGCCAGACCAAUGUGCUACAAAGCCUGCAUAAGUUAUGUGGGGACAAAAAGCCUCAUGGGGUUCCUGCCCUCACUCCAGGCACUUAGUGCCUGCAUCCCUCACUGCUUCCUUGACUACUCCCACCCACAAAAAGGGGUUGGGGCAGCCCAUACCAUCCCACAACCUUGCUGCCAUCUGCCUUUCCCUGCAGAAAUGCUUCUCCCCUGCAUUGCAUGGAAAUACUCAGUGGGGAUACUGGAAUAUGGACUGGAAAUAGCUGGAGCUGUGAUUAGAAGAGCCCAGAUAAAACAGAUGAAAAGGCAAGCAGGGUGAAGGGAGCAUUUGUCAUGAAGGAGAAAUACCCAUUCUGACAUGAGCUCUUAAGCACUGCAAGACAAUAAGAGCCCCAGUGAGAUGGCUGCAGCCAUCUGCUUCUCCCUUCUAGGUCCUGCAGAGCAACAAGGAAUACUUCCCCACAAAAGACCUGAAGA